AUGGAUGAAUUUCGUAUAACGACUGAAAUUUAUUCUCAAAUUAAAGAUUUUCAACAUCGUUUUUUAACUAAUGAACAACGAAUAAUAAUCGAUAAGCUCAUUCCGUCAGAAUUACAUUAUUCACUUAGGACUAACGGAUUAUGCGAAGAUUUCAAAUCUGUUGAAACCGAUUCAGAAAUUUAUAAGCAAUGUAAAGAAUUAGAAGCAAAUACAACAACUCGAGAUAAUUCAGCUAAAAUUUCUCUCUCAUAUCAAACACAUCCACAAGCUAUUUAUACUAGCAGACUUUUGAGUUGUAAAAAACUUUCAGAAUCUUAUGAAAAUGUGGAAUCAG